AAUUCCAAUACCUUUUUGUCACAAUCCAAUUGGAAAAUCAUGGAAAAACACUUGUUUACAAAGACCACAAGAGAGUUUCUAAAGAGAGCAAGUGCAGAGAACGUAGUUAAACCUGUUGUCGCCGUUAAAAAAUUAAAUCACGGGCCCUGUUGUUGGUCACCCCAUUGUCGUAUUCUCUUUCACACUCCCUUUGCUGGAGCUGGCGCUCUCUCUCGCUCUUUCUAUCCGUCUCUCUGUUUCACAUACCGACUUGGUCGGCAAAGAAAUUUUUAUUUGAAUUUUGAUUUUGACGUGAGUGGACGUGGAAUUCGUAGACGACGGCAGUCUCCGCCAUUAACGCGUUCUUAAUUUGUUUCUUAUUGUACAUUCUUCUUUUAUUUUAGUUGUACAACGUUCAACAAAUAUACACAUAUGUGUGGUGUGCAUGCAUGGCAUAACUAGCAAAUGUAACAACAAGAAGAAAUAAUUGAUUUGAAAUAACAAAAAAACGAGUUGAAAACAAAAUUAUCUGUGAAAAGAAAACAAAUUUAAAGAAAUCAAAUUCAUGGUGUAUAUAAAUUUUAAGUGAAGAAGAAAAGAAAUAUAUAAUAAAGAAGAGCAAUAUAAAAAAACCUCGUUUUUUGGUAGUGAAGAAGAAAAAAAAACGCAAAAUCAACCUAGCGAAGAAAAAAAGGGGGUGGUAAUAGAAUAAAAAACCUGUGCACUGGAUUUUGUUGUGUGUGUGGCAAGUAAAAGCAGCAAACCGAAAAAGGGUUAUCUUGCAUUUGCUGUUAACUUGAAAAAUUAAUUAAUAUAAUUUUUAUGUAAAAACAUCAACAAAUCUCGAAAUCAAAAUUAUCCACAUUUGUAUAACUGGAAUCUGGGGAUCUAGUCCAAAGAAGCUAUUGAUAUUAAAAACAAGUGCGUAAUUUUCUUCUGGCCAAGAUUGAAAUAACCUAACGGCAUUUGGAGUAAGAGAAGAUACCGAAAACAAGACCAAAAUUCUUCGUGUUGGCUGGUGGCGCUGUUGGUGUCUCUUCGUCGUUGACGGCAAAAAUUGAAAACCUUUUUCGCCGCCCCCCACAACAAGAGCUUCUAGAAGCAAAAUUGUAAUCCAGCAAAACAUAUGGGCGCCCAACACUCUCCUGUGCCCAUCCAAUGCUAAGACGAUAAAAAACUUGCCUGUUGUGAAUCCUGAUGCUUGCGUGGAGAUAAAACCUGGCCAUUUUGAUAAGAUCUAAAUUACGUGUAAAUGACACAUAGUCUGGGAUAGAUUUUUGGUAAAUUAUAGUUUGGCGGAGAUCGACUCGAACAAUAGAUGAAAUUCCAGCCCUAUACGACGUUGUAAAAUCCCAAAAUUGGAAGCAGAAAAAAUUCAAGUAUUUAAAAUUACAGUCAAACAAAAUCAAACGUACCUCUACCUUCCCACACACACACCUUUUGGAAAAGCCUAACAAGUGUCUGGAUUGUUGCUGAACUUCUGUGUUGUUGCAUGCCUAGCGUGCUGCCACCUAUCUUUUCGUUUUGCUCAAACAUUUGUGGCCUGUGGCAGAAAGAAAGACUCCUCACAUCCGCCUGCACACCGGGCAAACGAUAUCAUUCUUCAACCACAUGACGUCAUCAAUUGAAUUUUAUUGACAACCAUAAAACGCCAGCCAACUAUUAAUCUUACAACCAUAUAUCCAUCCUCCCCUCCCUCUGCCCGCCUGCCUGCCAUACUUCUGCUGGGGGGACUGUGGGACUCAGUCAAAUAAUUGAUUAAAUCACAACCGUUAGAGAGAGGCAGCUUCCAUAGAAAAGGGAGGCAUUGCAUACUUUACAUUCAACCCGACCAUCGAACCACCAUUCGAACAGCAACAUGUUGGAUGAUGACAACAAUGAUUUGUUGGCUUCGGCUUCGGAAAUACAACACAAUCGUUUAUAUUUUGUGGCGUUCAAAAAGAAUUUCAAACCGAAAAACACACCCAGCACACAUUAUUUUAGCAUCGAUGAUGAUUUUAUCUAUGAGAAUUUUUACAAUGAUUUCGGGCCGUUGAAUAUUUGCAUGCUAUAUCGGUAUUGUCAGAAAUUGAAUGCCAAAUUGAGCAACAAAACGCUGGCCAGUAAGAAAAUCGUACACUAUACGUCCAUGAAUCCGGCAAAGAGGGUGAAUGCCGCAUAUCUAAUAGGAGCAUUUUCGAUAAUCUACCUUAACAAAAGCCCCGAAGAGGCCUAUCGACCUCUGGUUGUGGGCGAUAUACCUGCCUAUACACGUUUCUGUGAUGCUUCCUAUGGUCCAAGUGGUUAUAAAAUCUCCCUGAUCGACUGUCUCAAUGCCAUUUCGAAGGCCAUGAAGGCGGGUUUCUUCAAUUUCGAGGACUUCGAUGCCGAGGAGUAUGAGUACUAUGAACGCGUUGAAAACGGUGAUUUCAAUUGGAUUGUACCUCAGAAAUUUAUUGCAUUUUGUGGGCCACAUCAAAAAUCUAAAACACUGCCGAACGGUUAUCCUUGCCAUUCCCCCGAAACAUAUUUCGAAUAUUUUCGCAGUAACAACGUGACGACGAUAAUCCGUUUGAAUGCCAAGGUCUAUCAUGCCUCCAGUUUUGAGAAUGCCGGUUUCGAUCAUAAGGAUCUAUUUUUUAUAGAUGGCAGUACGCCGAGCGAUUUGAUAUUGAAGAAAUUCUUGCAGAUAUGCGAAACGACAAAGGGCGCCAUUGCAGUGCAUUGUAAAGCUGGUCUUGGUCGCACUGGAAGUUUAAUUGGCGCAUACAUUAUGAAACACUAUAACUUCUCAGCACUGGAAGCUAUUGCAUGGUUACGUCUUUGCCGUCCAGGUUCUGUGAUUGGUCAUCAGCAACAGUGGAUGGAAGACAAACAAUCUUGGCUCUGGUCCGAAGGCGAACGCCUGCGUAAACGCAGCAGCUCACAAACACCUGUACAUAAAUUCGGCAUCUACAGUUUGGUCUACAAAAAUUGUCCCGUAACUGCUGGCCAGUUACUGGUCAACACCGAAAAUAAUACCGAACUCUUAAUGACUCGUGUCAAGGGCAUAUCACAAAAGGUUGAUACCAUGCAUUUGCAUGAAGAUCAAACCGAUUCAAAUCAACUGGACUCAUUGGAUUCCUAUGAGAAUGGUAAUAAACCGUCAGCAGUGAGUAAUACCGUAACCGUCACCACCACCAAGACGACCACCACCCCUACACCACGUUCCCGUGUACUGACGAGCAGUAAAGAUGGUGCAAUAACACCGCCAACAAGUGCCAGUGACAAUGAUAAUGAUGUCACCGAAACUGAAGAGGAUUCGACGGCAUCAAAUCUUAAUUCGACAUUUAUUGUUUCACGAAGGCGUAAGUCACCCAGUAUACAACAACAACAGCAGCAACAACAACAACGUUUGGAAACGACCACCAACACCACAACAACGACUACAACAAAUGCCUCGCUAGCUUCGUUGGGUAUUAAAGUGGGACAAUCACCACUUGGUGCAGGGUUCUUUAGCAUACGCCGUACGCCGCCCAUUAACAAUAAUGAGCCAUCGUUAAUUGGCAAUAAUUCCAUAACGACUUCAUCAGCGGCGGCGGCGACGUCACAGACGACGGCUCUUGGUGGUAGUGGUGGCGGUGCUCCUCUCUACUCGGAAAAGAAAUUAAAGAAACCCUCGGUCUAUGAGCCGGCAGCUGCUAUCCAGAGACCCACAAUAGCAUCAACCGUUAAAAUGGUCCAGGCGGCCAUCGAAAAGAAAAAUGCUCAAACUCAGGGUGAUAAACUUAAUCAAAUCAAGGCUAUGCGACGUCAGCAUAAUUCGCGAUCGGGAGGUGCUACAGUUGAAACCGAGAAUCCUUUGCGUCAUACCAGGGCCCGGUCACAGCCAUUUCGCAAUAACAAUAAUAUUGUUAAUAUGUUACCUACAAAUACAGCAGCAACGGCAGGUGGACAAUUUCUGGCAAUGGGUAAAAGUUCAGCGGUGGCAGCAGCAGCCGGAAAUGAUACAGCAAAUAAUUUAUUAAAUAAUAACAAUAAUAAUAAUAAUAACAACAACAUUAAUAAUAACAAUCAUUGCAAUAACCAUAAUAAUAAUAACAACAACAACAAUAAUAAUAACAUUAUUAAUAACAGCAGUAGCAGCAGUAAUGGUGUCACAACAUUACCAUCAUCUUCAUCUGCAGGAAUUGGUAGUGGUAACACAACAACAACAACCACAACGGCAUCGGGUAUUAACAAUUCAACCAUAACAACACGGGCACGCAGUUUAGCCAUUUAUAGUAAACGAAUGGGUCUAAUGCAUUUACGCAAAGCCGAACAGCAACAAAUCACCCACAGCAAUGUCACUGCCGCCAAUAACAACAACAACAACAACAACAAUAAUAAUAACAAUAACAAUACAACAACUAGUCUCAGCAAACAAACCAAAACCUAUCAAAAUACCCUCAUCAGUUCAGCAACGUCCAAUAAUAAUAGUGGUGCUGGUGGUGGUGGUGGUACUGGAUCUGGAAUUGAAAGCAAAAUUCCCAUUGUAAGGGCCACAGCAGCUUUAUUAGAUUUAAAUCCGGUGGUUGGAACAGCUGUUUCGGGUAUGGUGGGGUCUUGUGCCACAAUACCACCUUCUCGGAGUUCUAAUCGUUUAUCAAGUUUGGUGCACCCCGGAGGAGGUGGGGGCACAAGUGGCAGCUCCACUCACCACAUGACCUUGAGGGGCCGCUCACGUUUACGUUAUCAUCAUCGCCAUAAUGAUGGAGGUGGUGGUGGUCAACCACCUCCUCCCUGUACCAUAACAACGGCUCGUUAUUAUCGCGAUGUUUCAGCCUUGCCUCAGGUUUUGGGUGGCGGCAGUGGCAUUGCAGGUGGUUUGACGACACGUUCAUCAUCGGCCAAUUUGGAUUUCAAUUCGAAUCCAGUUGGUGGCACCCUUGAAGAGGCCGGCAGCAACAUGAACAUUAACAACAGCAACAACAACAACAGAAACAAUAACAUCCAAUCCAAUAGUUGUAGUAGUAGUAGUUGUAGUAAGCUAGAAGAACGCCUUGGCCACAUGGCCAACAACAACAAUAGAAAAUCGCCGCCAAUCUCAUCCUCCUCCUCCAAUUCAUGUACAGCUACCUCAGUUUCGGCCAAUCAUUCAAAUUCCUCCUCAGAUGCAGAAACCCUCAAGUCCACAACCAACAAUAACAACAAUUCAAAUCUCACAAGCCAUUCGAAUAAUAACAACAACAACAAUAAUAGCAACAACAACCACAAUACAAAUCGUCUUAGUCGAAAUUCGCAAAGGUCCUCCAUGGGUGUCGGCUCUUCAUCAUCGCACAUACCCUCCUCAUGCAGUGGCGGUGGUCCAUAUGCAGGACUACCAUACGGCAGCGGUGGCGGCGGCGGCAGUAACAUUAAACGCAACAAACGUUCCUUGAGCAGUACUCGCAUCGAAAAGGACAAAUGUGAUGAGUACAACAACAAAUUACUAAGGAAAACCAGUAGCAACAACAACAACAAUCAAACAACGUCCAAUAACAACAACAGCUCAGCAGCUGCUGCUACCUCAUCGGCCAGCAUAUCGGCGGCAACAACAGCAGCCGCCUCCUCAUCCUCAGCGUCCAGCAGUACUUCCACCCUAACCGGCGGUGGCAGUUUUCGUUCCCGUUAUCUGCGACACACCACCUCCGGCCACUUGGUAGAGUCCUCAACUGCUUCCUCGACAUCGUCGGCAUCUACAUCGGGUAUACCCACACCCACUAGUCAAGGUAUGUAUGUGCCACGUGGCAAAUAUAGCUCUUCGGUGCUGGCCAAUCCAAGCAGCAGCAGCCACAACCACAGCACUGAACGUGACCAGCAGCAGCAACAGCAGCGUUUGUCCUUGAAGCUGCGCAAAAAAAUAAGUUACUAGAAUUUGGGGUAUUUACCUAUUCGUAGGUAUAUCAAAGGGAAACGACGUCGAAGAAGAGAUUUAUUAUUUGA